AACCUUCGACCUUAUCCCUACUUUCCAUGGAGACACAAACACGCUAAACAGGAAGAUUUUUUUUCUGUAAAGAAAAUAACCAACCGCCUGUUUUGUCGAUUAGAAAUUUAUUAGAGGGGGUGCAACAUCCGAGGCCGCCGAGAAAGUUCCGCGAUGACGUAAGCUUAUGGUCAGAUCCAGCCAGGAGGCUCUUCUCUUUUUCACGGCGGAUGACACCGGCUGGCGCGCGCUGCUGCGAAACUUCCGUCCGGGGUAUAAAGUCAUGGGACAACAACAGUGCGUGGGAAUCCGGGGGAACACCGCUGCACUAUUAAUGCCACCCGCGCACUAGCGAUGAGAAAGUGCUUGGAGCUAGUCUAGGCUUUUACUGUCCCCUGUGCCCUUGCAUUGUAAUCUGCCUCAGCCAGCAUUUUUUCCCUGAGCACUGCAUUGUAUACGCGUAAUAAGCAACACCGUUGUUCAAAAGUCUUACGUCAGGAGGCGAUUUGAGUCAAGCGUUCCCGAGCUGAAACAGCAGUUGGUAACGUUUGUUGGCCUUAGAGUUUAAUCGGUGUAAUCGACAGGAGGACGAUUUGAACGAUUGGGAAAGUGAUAAUAUCAGCAGCCCUCCAAAUAAGGCCCAAAAUGCAGCAGUUACAACCAACCGGCCUGGUACUGUUCGUCGGCCUUCUCGCCACUUUCACCGGCCAGUCCAGCGGCCAGCCGGCCCUGGGCGAGAUCUACCGGCUGAACGGCCUGCAGUCCGACCUCCAGAUGGACACCUUCCGGCACGUGGGCAAGCUGAUGAACGACCAGUACCGCAGACUGGACAGGCGACUGAAGGCAAUCGGUUCCCGGAUCAGGAGGGCCGAGCGGGACCUUGGGGUGGACAGCCCGCCGGACGAGCCCUUGGGAGGGCCAGCCUUCCCAAAUAUACCAGAUGAAGGCCCUAACAACAUCGGGAACCGACCGGGGAACAUACCUGACAAGCCCGUGCCCUCCCCGCCCCCUGUCGGCCAGAUCGCGCGAACCUGCGACGAGAUCUACCGGAUGGGCUACCGGAACGACAACGAGUAUGUGAUCGACCCCGACGGCCAGGGACUACGCACCGUGCCGGAGUUCAACGUGCGCUGUGAGCUGUCCAGGGGUGAAGGCGUGACGAUAGUCGGGCACAACUACGAGACCGAGCCGGUCUUUGUGUCGGGCUACGAGCAGCCCGGUUCGUUCCAGCUGCAGAUCCGCUACACCAACGCCGACUUCGAGCAGCUGGAAGCACUGACACAGGCCUCGGCUAGCUGUGAACAGUACAUCAAGAUUGUGUGUAUGGGAGCGGUCCUGUUCCGGGCCCAGUUGCGGCGAGGCCACCGCGACUACGGCUGGUGGAUAGCCCGUGACGGCACCCGUAUGAUGAGCUGGGGCGGUGUGCCUUCCUCCCCGGACAGUGGCCAGUGUGCUUGCGAUCUAGACGGGUCUUGCGUCAACUCCCAUUUCAAGUGCAACUGCGACUCCAACAACAAGUUCUGGUCCGAGGACUCGGGCUUCCUGACGGACAAGCGCUACCUGCCGGUCCGCAUGGUCUACCUGGGCGACACGGGCGGCACCAAGGAGAAAUCCUGGCUGACCCUGGGCGAGCUCCGCUGCAAAGGGUUUAGCGGAGAAUAAGAAUUACCAGGAUAAAAACAAAAUUCUCUCAAGAACUGAGAAACCUUCUGGGGCACUUCUCAUGCGCUCUUGCCUUUUUUUUAAGCACAGCUGAAUUAUGUUCUCUGAUUAUGGUAUUCUAAUAUUUAGAAUCGUUAGCGAGUUGUAAAUUCUUGGAUUCAAAUACGUUUUUAGUAUGUGGGAACAUUAUACAUGUAAUUAGCUUGCCCACAAUAAUUAUGCAUAACUUAUAUGAAUUAAGCCCUUAAUCAUUAAUUGCGCAUGAAUAACUCCAUUUUUGGUAUCAUUUACUACAGUGUACUCACUAUAAAAAAAGUUGGGCAAAUGUGUGUCCCCCCCCCCCCAAUGUUGGUCAACAUAUCAACUGCCGACACUCUGAGGCAAAUUCUUCCCAAUGGUUGGUCAAGUUUUACCCGAAUUAACCAACAGUGAGGUAACUUCAUAGCAAUGUUGGACAGAUAGCAUCACCCAACAGUGUUUUUUACCUUACUUUUUUAGAGAGUAUUUAAAAACCUCAUAAUUAUUAUUAUUGCAAACUUUUGGCUUUGAAACACAUGCAGUCAAUACGGGGAAAACAUAGUUUUUUUUAUCCUUCAUGAAUCUAUGUCCCACGUUAUUAUGAAUUUAAUUAUCUCAUAAAAUCAAGAAUCGAGUUUGACCAAGAUUCGGGAUUUUGAAGUAUUCAGUUCGGACUGUUUGCAUUAACGUUCGAAAUUUGAAAAGUCUCGAGUAGUCUUAAAUUUCACAAUGUGUUGUAACUUUUUGUAUUAGGUAAUUUACAUGUCAAAAGAAGUAACAAUGCAUGGUAUUUUUCAAUCAAAUAUCAGCGAUAAUAUUGCUAUCGAUACUUUUUUGUUUAUAAUAAAUUUAUUCUGAAUUCUUAUAGAUAUGAAAACAAAAUCUACAUGUUGCCACAGUGUGUUGAUAGUUUUCAUCCGUGAAUAUGUGUACGUAAUGUGUGACUAGAUCCCGUGCCCUUAAAGACGUUUUUGGCAAGAUACCUAAAACGUUUGUCAAUCAUACCAUGAACUUUUUCCGUAUACCUCAGCUACAUCAACUGUUAUUCCCUCAAAUGGCGUAGCGCCCCCAUACUCUCAAAAAUAUUCGAACCCAAGAUCUCUGGGACCGGAAUCGGAACAGAUUUUACGGUUAUUGCGCCAUCGGUAUUGGGCGUGCCAGCUUUGA